AUGCAGAGGAAGCGAGAGGCUGAUACGGAAGGUUCUAGAGCUUCUAAAAGAAUAAAAAGUGAGGAAUUACAUGCAGAUGAUGACCAUUGGACUUCUGACAAUCGUGGUAGUUCCUCAAAAGCAGAUUGUCCAUCUACCAGUUUUUCUAAUAAAACAUCAAGGACUGAUGAUAAGCAUAAAUAUAACAGCAAAACAGAUUCAAGUGGAGCCGAAAAAUGUGAUGAAAAGGAUUCUAUCAGGAAGAGGAAAGCAAAAGAACAAAGUGACCAACAGAAAGAAAAGAAAGCUAAAGUUAGUCACAAAGAUGAUCAUCAUAACGGGCAUUUCUCGAGGAAUAUUCAGGCAGUGGAUUAUUCGAAAAGUGAUAUGGGUUCUGUAAAUCCUACAGUUGCUGCUAAUUCAAGCUCGUCUAUUUUAUCCGGCUCCCAUAAGAACAAAGCCAGUGGCCAGGAAGUUAAAAGUUCCCCUAUUGAGUCAGUGUCUUCUUCUCCUAUAAGAUAUCCUAACAUCGAUAAAGUCACGUCAGGUAAAAAUAAGGAUAUGAAAAAAGAUGGAGGUCUUUCUGGUGAAGGUGUAAAAAAUUCUUCUGAGCAGUGCCAAUUUGAAGAAAAGGCAAAUGUAGACCCAUCACUGAAGAAAAAAAAAACCGGGAAAGAAUUGUCUUCACAUUCGAAAGACAAUGCUCGUGCUUCUGGAGAUAAAGUUCAAAAUUCUUCACAUGAGAAAAAGCUUAAUAAUAAUAUUCAUCAAGAGCAAGCUAAGGAGAAAUUACCAAAGAGAAGCAACCAAGCAGAGACUAAUGGAACUGGAAAAUCGUGCUCACUUCCACCCUUAGCAAGAAUUUCGACUGAACCUGUUUUUGGAACUCAGAAAGAUAGUGGUGUUAAAAGUUCGGCACUCGAUUUAGAUAAUGGUGAGGGACAAAAGGGACCAAAUCAGAAAACGAAAGUUGAGAACUUGAAAACUCCCAAUUCUCUUAAAGUUCGGGAUAUUGAUGCUCCUAGUCCCCUUCGAAAGGAUACAUCAAGUCAUGCAGCUAACAGUGCUUUAAAAGAGGCGAAGGACCUAAAACACUUGGCCGAUCGUCUUAAGAAUAAUGGAUCCACUGAAAGUAUUGGAUUUUACUUCCAAGCUGCUCUCAAGUUUCUUCAUGGAGCCUCUUUGUUGGAAAAUGUAAGCAGUGAAGCCACGAGACAUAAUGAUCUAAUGCACUCGAUGCAUAUAUAUAGCAGCACUGCCAAACUAUGCGAGUUUUGUGCGCAUGAAUACGAAAAGUCGAAGGACAUGGCUGCUGCUUCGUUGGCCUAUAAAUGCAUGGAAGUUGCUUACUUGCGUGUGGUUUAUUCAUCACAUAACAGUGCAAGUAGGGAUCGAAAUGAGUUGCAAUCCGCUUUGCAAAUUGUCCCUCCUGGUGAAUCUCCUUCUUCAUCUGCAUCUGAUGUUGAUAACUUAAACCACCAAAUAACUACUGAAAAGCCUUCCAUGGCCAAAGCUGUUGGUUCCCCUCAAGCACAAGACGUUAACUUUGCAAUGGAAGCCUCGAGGAAAUCAAGAAUUGCAUUUACAGCCGCUACUGCAAAUCUUUGUGAAUCCUCGAAUAAAGAGAGUUUCAACUCACUGAAAAAUGCGCUUCAUUUUAAUUUCCAUGACAUUGAGGAACUAUUACGGCUUGUUCGGUUUGCAAUGGAAGCCAUCAACCGUUAA